CUGGAAUCCCUUGAGAUCCUUGGCCUCCUUUAGUUCCUUGGGAUCCUUGAAAUUGUUGAAUUCCUUGGGAGCAUUGAGAUCCUUGAAUUCCUUAGAAUCCUUGAAUUGCUUGGGAUCCUUGAAUUCCUUGGGAUCCUCGGCUUCCUUGGGAUCCUUAAGUUCCUUGGGGUCAUUGGGAUCCUUGAAUUCCUUGGCUUCAUUUGGAUCCAUGAAUUCCUCGGGAUUCUCGAAUUCUUUGGAAUCCUUGAAUUUCUUUACGCUAUGUUGUGCUGUAGUUCCUUAGUGCUCGUGCGUAUUGAAUAAUAUUGGAGUUCAAGAAUUCCUCAAGAGUUCGGACUUCACGGAAUUCGGACACUACUGUUCGACGUAUAGGAAUCUUUCUUUUCGAAACCCAACGGUACAACUGACGUGCUCUUGACUCACAUAUUCAAUUCAAAAACUGAGGCUAACAUCUGAUAACCUUCCCUUCUAAGAUUCUAAUGCAAUGGUUUGAAGCUUUUGUAGAACUUUCUCUAACUAUCCACUUCAAAACUACGCUUUUUAAAUUACAUAUAAAACUCAAUUGUAGAAAGUCCCACAUUCCAAAGAUGUGCUUGAAUCUUCUCAGGUUUUUUUUUAGUUUAGGAGUUUCACAUAGUUCAUUAUUUUAUUCCAUAAGAUUCUGAAUUUUCCAAAUUUUGAAUAAAAUCUCCAGAUCUCCAUAUUUUUCUCUCGACAGCUUGCAUGGAAUUAGCAAUGUUCCUUCUCGAAAAAAUCUCCUUACAGCAAUCUCAUGGUGACGUUUUUCGGGUCAAAAAGAUCUUGGUAAGAAAUAGAAGUAACACAGAUGUAAGAAUCGUUACGAAAUCCUUUUUUUCAUAGUAAACUAGGAAAAGACUUCUGAAUUUUUCUCUCCGAAAAGAAUAUUCUCGAAAGUUUUACCUAAUUCUCUUCCAAGAAGACGUAUGUCUCCUUUAUAGCUCUUUCCGAUGCGAAAGAGGGAGAAUCUCUUCGACAAUGACGAUUCCUUUUCUUUUUUGUUCAUUAUAUUCAUUCCUAAUAUUCCAGCCAAUGCCCGAUGGAAUCAGAGUGGAGUGACCGUUGCUGGAGGUCAUGGAGGAGGCAAUGCCACCAAUCAACUGAGCGCGCCUCGUGGUCUCUUCGUUGAUGACGAUCAAACGAUGGUCAUUGCUGACUGGGCCAAUCAUCGUAUCAUCCAAUGGAAGAUGGGUGAUACGAAUGGACAAAUAGUAGCUGGUGGCCAUGGCUCAGGAAAUCAAUUGGAUCAAUUGUUUUUUCCAACCGAUGUAUUGAUUGACAAAGAGACGGAUAGUCUCAUUAUUUGUGAUUCAGUGAAUAGACGAGUCGUACGAUGGUCUCGUCGUAGUGGUACAACUCAAGGAGAAAUCCUUAUCGACUACAGCAUUUGUUGGGGAUUGGCCAUGGAUUAUCAGAGAUAUCUCUACAUCUCUGACGACUUUAAACAUGAAGUAAGACGAUAUCAAAUAGGAGACAAGAAUGGAACUAUUGUGGCUGGUGGCAAUGGCGAAGGUGCUGGUCUCAAUCAACUCAACGACCCGAGCUACAUCUUUGUCGAUCAAGAACAGACUGUUUACGUGUCAGACGGUCAGAAUAAUCGUGUAAUGAAAUGGAAUAAAGAUGCAAAAGAAGGAAUUGUUGCCGCUGGAGGUCAAGGCUAUGGGAAUGCUCUGACACAAUUGUCGUUUCCUGAAGGACUGUUCGUUGAUACAUUGGGUACCAUCUAUGUGGCAGACUUGUUGAAUCGUCGAGUGAUGCGUUGGCCUAAAGAAGCGAAACAGGGCACUGACAUCGUAGGUGGAAAUGGUUCGGGGGAAGGAGCUAAUCAAUUCACCAAUCCCAUUGGUUUAUCCUUUGAUCCACAUGGCAAUCUCUACGUCGUCGAUAGUGGGAAUCAUCGUGUUCAACGCUUUUCUAUCGAAUAG